AUGCUAUCGGUCCUUGCCUCGCAUUGCCCGUUCUGCUCACGUACUGCCACAAACACUUCUGCAGAAAGGGGAUGUAAUUAUGUAUGCGAGGGAAGCCUAUUGUGUAUCAAGGUUUCCCGGCUGGCCUCGCGGGCUAACGCUUACACACACACUUAAUCAGGACCGAAUCUCCUGGGUGAAUCCCCACCUAAAACAGGGCCGAUGGGAGAGUAGGAGGAGGACAUCGGUUUUGCUUCGGUAGAUGGUAGAGAGGACGCCCUACUGGGAAAAUGUCGGACUACGAGUUGAAGGAGCGUUCCCCCUCGGGGCACGGCGACUCCGUGAACGGGGCCGCCAAGACCCCGACGUCCCCGACCAAAGGUUCGGCCGCAUCGACCCCGAUGGGGACCGGGAAGGAGGAUGGCUCGGCGCUCACGCCCGACGUGAAGGUAAAAACUCCCGACAGCGACCACCAAGGCGUGACGAUGGAGAGGAAAGUUGGUUUGAUCAGCGGGGUGGCGCUGAUUGUCGGGACCAUGAUCGGAUCGGGCAUAUUUGUAUCGCCGAAGGGAGUGUUGCGGGAGACCGGCAGUGUGGGCCCGUGUCUCAUGAUCUGGCUGGCGUGUGGGGUGCUGGCUAUGCUCGGAGCGCUGGCGUAUGCGGAACUGGGGACCGCCAUCCCGAAGUCAGGGGCGGAGUACCCGUACCUCUGGGAAGCCUUCGGUCCCAUCCCGGCCUACCUCUACUCCUGGACCUCUGUUAUUGUCACUAGGCCUUCCAUGUUGGCCCUCAUCUCGCUGAGCUUUGCUGAUUACGCCACGGAACCGUUCUACGAUGUUCACUGCCCUGCGCCAGACAGCGUCAAGAAAAUACUGGCAGUUUUACUAGUGUUGCUUAUAACAUUUGCCAACUGUUGGAGUGUGAAGCUAGCGACAUCCAUACAGAACUUCUUCACCGCCGCCAAACUUCUCGCUGUUGCACUCUUAAUCAUGGUGGGAUUUGUUAUGCUAGGGUUCGGUAACACAGAGCACUUACAAAUAGAGAACAGUUUCCCGUCGGGCAAAAGUCCGUCCAUUUCAGCAAUAGGCGUAGCUUUCUAUCAAGGUCUGUGGGCGUACGACGGAUGGAACAACUUGAAUUUCGUCACAGAGGAGAUCAAGAACCCCUACGUGAACCUGCCUCGGUCCAUCAUCGUCGGCAUCCCGCUGGUCACAGGCUGCUACCUGCUGGUCAACAUCGCCUACUUCACCGUCAUGUCGCCGCUCGAGCUGCUGGAGUCUCCGGCAGUGGCGGCUACGCUGGGUACUCGGACGCUGGGUGUAAUGGCCUGGAUAAUACCGCUGUCAGUGGCGUUCUCUACCUUCGGAGCCGCCAACGGAACGUGCUUCACCUCAGGAAGGUUGUGCUACGUGGCUGCCCGUGAGGGUCACAUGGUGUCCAUCCUGUCCAUGGUCCACGUCAGGCGGCUCACACCCUCACCUGCACUCAUCUUCAACGCUGUGCUGUCAGUGCUGAUGAUUCUCCCGUCCAACUUUGACGUCCUUGUGAACUACUUCAGCUUCGCGGCCUGGAUGUUCUAUGGCGGCACGUUCCUGGGUCUCAUCGUCCUGCGCUUCACGAAACCAGACAUGCCCAGACCGUACAAGGUCCCUAUCAUCGUCGCUAUUGUCGUCACGGUGGCGUCGGCCUACCUGGUGGUGGCUCCUGUCAUCUUUGAGCCCGCCCUGGAGUACCUGUACGCUCUGCUCUUCAUCUUCGCGGGUCUCCUCCUCUACAUCCCCUUCGUACAUUACAAGAUAUCGCCAAAGUGGAUGGACCCAAUAACCAGGCAAUUGCAGUGUAUCCUGGAUGUGGUUCCAACCGAGCAGGAACCACUCGGCUGAAGUGCCGACGUGAGGAAAGAGGCGGCGCUUUUAAUCACGACGAGGAAACCGAAACAGCUCAAACUCGUCAUCAAAGAUGGCCGCCGCAUAGUUAUCGACAUGUCGACGGAUCUCAAGUCGCGCCGGUGACUUCCAAAAGCCGUUCUUUUCGUCAAACUCAUUCGUUUGAGUUGACAUGGAACGACCUCGUAGCUGACCUAGUACAUUUUACCUAUUAAUGGUAUAGGUGUUGUCGUCAGGUGUGUAUAGUCAGCUAGCUGGAUAUAAUACAAACUACAUCCUCAAUCUUUUAUCUCACAAUGUGUCUAGUGUCUGUGAAACAGUGAAGAUAUUUUACGAUGAUAAUUCCUUUGACUGGAAUAUUUUUGUAACAUGGUGGCAUCUUUUUGCACUUCACUUUUAUGAUGUUUGUAAUAUUGUAGUUUGUACUGGAAAUUAAAUCAUGCGACUAAGAGUUGUAGGCGAUAUUGUAACAAAAGUAAAUGGUAGAUGUAUAUUGUUAUCUUAUUUGACGCCCUUCCUUAUUUAUCAGCUUCUAGAAUGAUAUAGCUUCUUAAAGUUUUACACUUUGAGUGUACGUACAAACUUUAUAGACAGAGCAAUGGUGGGUGUGAAUGUGAGUUAAGCGAGUAUAUCACUGGACUGCUAAAAUGCGCCAAAAUGAGCCACGCAAAGUGACGUCAGCCAAAUUUCCUAGAUAUUCGCAGUUCGCAAAAUGGCGCAAAACGUAAUUUUGUUUGUAAAUGUCACGUAUUUUACCCGUCACUGUGACCGCCAAUGAAAAUGGCGCAAAUUUGGUGCCAUUUUCUGUCGCAAGUAGGCGCAGUCCAGCAAAAUACCCGCUUUAAAUAUGCCAUAUUGCAGAAAAGUUGUAAUACAACUCCAAUGUUUUCUUUCAUAAUUCACUGUCUACACUAAAUCCUCAGGCGACAGCUUUGAGACAACGUUAUUAUGAUAAUCCUUCGUGUACCUCCUAACAUUGCAUUGUUCAAACCAAUGACAGUACUCAUAAGUAUAAGCAUAUACAAACAAAGUUUGAUAUGAACAAAGUUUGAUAUGAUAUUCUGUGUUGGUGUUAUUGUAUACUUCUGUGUUGGUAGUAAUUGUCAUGUUUUAUUUUCUUCGGUCGGAGUAACAAUUAAAAAGACUAAUGUAAAUACAUCUAUGUAUCGAUUGUAAAUGUAAUGUAUGUUUAUGUAAGUUGUUUGAAAUCUGUGUUCUCUUGUUGUGGUAUGCUCAACGUCAUAUCGAAAAGACUGGCGUCACAGAAAUCGGGACCGAAAAAUAUAAACGAGUAACAUUUAUGCAACGAUGGGGUUAAAAUGGAGACAAGCGAGGAUGUGUUAGGGAUCGGUAUCAAACAGUUGAAAGGAAAUGACUCCUAAUGUAUGGGAAGAAAGUCUUAUGAAAUAUCGACAUUUGUAGAGAAUCACGUUUGUAAUCCUCAGUGUCAUUCCUGUGUACAAUAUGUAUGAAAUGACAUGUUCUACCGUAGUGCACGUUGUUGGUUGGAUGGCUGGUUGGUUGGUUGGCUGGUUGGUCACGAUAUGUGCAUGUCUCAAUUCCGAGAUUUAGUUGUGGUGAAGAACGUAUGUCGGCGGACAAAACUGUCAUUUGUGUUUUAAAAACGUACCAAUAAAUCUAAUUUUACCAACUGAGUUGGAUU